AUGCGGGCGUUUGUCGGUUUGGUUGGUGGCUCUUUAGGUAGAAGAAGCAUUGCGCAGAACCUUGCCAAGACAACUACAGCAACGGCAGCAUCACCAUCAUCACCGCCGCGCAGAUUUUACUCGGCGAUGGCUUCGGCCCCAAAGAUAAAGCCUGCUGCUCGUGUGGCGGGCAGCAGGCAGGAUGUGUGGACCAUCAUCAACGAGGCGGCAGCUUCAUCGCCCAACCAGCCCAUCAUCAACAUGGGCCAGGGCUUCUUCGGGUACAACCCACCAAAGUUCAUCCUGGACGCGGCAAAGGAGGCGCUGGACCGGGUGGAGUGCAACCAGUACUCGCCGACCAAGGGCCGCCCGCGGCUCAAGAAGGCCAUCGCCGACGCCUACUCGCCGCACUGGGGCCGGCAGCUGAACCCGGACACGGAGGUGACCAUCACGACGGGCGCAAACGAGGGCAUGCUGAGCGCCUUUAUGGCCUUCAUCGAGCCCGGCGAUGAGGUCAUUAUCUUUGAGCCCUUCUUCGACCAGUAUAUCAGUAAUAUCGAAAUGCCCGGCGGCAAGAUCGUCUACGUGCCCAUGCAGCCGCCCGCGGAGGGCGCCACCAAGACCUCCUCGGCCGCCGAGUGGACCGUCGACUUUGAGCAGCUCGAACGGGCCGUCACGCCCCGCACCAAGAUGAUGGUCAUCAACACGCCGCACAACCCCGUCGGCAAGGUCUUCUCCCGGGACGAGCUGCAGCGCAUCGCCGACAUCUGCCUGAAGAACAACAUCAUCAUCCUGUCGGAUGAGGUCUACGACCGCCUCUACUACGUCCCCUUCACGCGCAUCGCCACCCUGUCCCCCGAGGUCGAAAGGAUCACCCUGACAGUCGGCUCCGCGGGCAAGAACUUCUACGCCACCGGCUGGCGGGUCGGCUGGCUCAUGGGCCCCGCCGAGCUGAUCCAGUAUGUCUCCGCGGCGCACACGAGGAUAUGCUACUCGUCCGUGUCGCCGCUGCAGGAGGCCUGUGCGAUUGGCUUCGAGAAGGCCGACGGCGAGGGCUUCUGGGACGACUGCGUCAAGGACAUGAAGGGGCGCGUGGACCGGUUCACCGAGGUGUUUGAGGAGCUGGGGCUGCCGUACACGGAGCCCGAGGGCGGCUACUUCGUCAUGGCCAACCUGUCCAAGGUCAAGCUGCCCGAGGGCUACCCCUUCCCGCCGCACGUGGCCAGCCGGCCGCGCGACUUCAAGCUGGCAUGGUUCCUGAUCCAGGAGGUUGGCGUCGCCGCCAUCCCGCCCACCGAGUUCUACACCGAUGCCAACUGCAGCGUUGUCGAGGACUACCUGCGCUUUGCGGUCUGCAAGCCUGAUGAUGUCCUUGAGACUGCCAAGGAGAGGUUGAGGGGGCUGAAGAAGUAUAUUCAAUAG